UCGUUUUACGUAAUAUAUACAAAUCAUUUCAUCAUGGUGAUGGCUAAGAACCGCACCAAGUUCUACAUAGCGUUUCUUGUUUUUUUGAUAGUGGUGGGAUCUGUGUUACUAACCAUUGAAGGACGACCGGUCAAGGAUAGUUCGAGAUCCUCGACCCAAUUAACAGAUUCAUCUGUGUUCAAUGGAAGCGUAAUGUCCUCGUUUAAACCAGUCGAGUCUUCGGUACAAGAUUUUUCAUGGUUAGCCACAGUGAAACAGUCCGGGCCAAGCCCAGGCGUUGGGCAUCAUCGAGCUAAGGGCUACAAAAUGUUUGGACGAGCCGAAAAUUCUGGUCCUAGUCCUGGUGUUGGACACUAG